UCUUUCAUUCGCUACUUGCGCGUGAGGAGCUUUCCUCGCGGUUCCGGGUUCGCUGUUUCCCAGUUUGACACUAAUUUCUUAUUCGUCUCUCGUUCACUGCUGAAGUGGAAAGCAACCUUUUUCAAGCUAACGAUGGCUCUGCUAAUGGAGCACCAGUUUAAGCAGCUGCCGGCUGACAAGCAGGUGGACACGCGGUCGUUUCUUGAGGCGGUAUCCUACCUGCCGCCUUUCUUCGAUUGCUUGGGUUCAAAGGUAUUUUCUCCAAUCAAAGCUGACAUUAGUGGAAAUAUUACUAAAAUCAAAGCUGUUUACGAUACAAACCCCACCAGGUUUAAAACUCUUCAGCAGAUUCUGGAAGCAGAGAAAGAGAUGUAUGGGUCAGAGUGGCCAAAAGUAGGGGCAACAUUAGCACUUAUGUGGCUGAAAAGAGGCCUUAAGUUCAUCCAAGUUUUGCUACAAAGUAUUGCUGAUGGAGAACGUGAUGAUGCAAACCCUAAUCUUAUUCGAGUAAAUGCCACUAAAGCUUAUGAGAUUGCACUGAAAAAGUACCAUAGCUGGCUGAUCCAGAAAAUCUUCCAUACAGCUCUUUACGCCGCUCCCUACAAAUCUGACUUCCUGAAAGCUCUGUCUAAAGGACGGGACGUCAAAGAGGAGGAGUGCAUAGAGAAAAUCCGCCAGUUCUUGGUGAACUAUACAGCCACAAUUGAUGCCAUUUAUGAAAUGUACACAAAAAUGAAUGCAGAACUGGACUACAAGGCUUGAUGUUAGGGCUCUGGGGAAAAAACAUUCAGAUGCCUUAAAAAAAAAAAAACAAAAACAAAAAAAAACUUUCACCUCAUUUUCUUUCCAAAGCAAUAACUUGGAGACUUCUCUUCCAGCUCUGUGAUGGUGGUCUCUUACAAAAGUGAGGGAGAAACUAUGAUGAGAAGGAACUCAAGUGUUACCUCAUGGUACAGUUGGUUUGUUUCCGCCUGAUGACAGUUUCAUAUUCUGUGUCCGGGGAGUGUGGAAUAUGUUUUCUAUGAAGGAAAAAAUAUCCCCAAAAUUCAACCAACAUAUAUAAGGUCUGAUCACUGUAGAUGGCCUCAGUUUUUUUCAGGAAUUGUAAAGCUUUAAGGUUGACUGCCAUUUCCCCCC